AUGCUUCUCAGUAGAAUUUGUGUUUUCCUUUUGUGCUUUACUACUUGUUUCUCUUUCAAAGUUUCUUGGCCACUUUCAGCGUCUGACUUUAGCUUGGAGGGAGAUUAUUUAUUGGGUGGCCUUUUUACUUUACAUGAAAUUGACCAAGAGACACCCCUUUUCACCCCGGAGACCACUGAAUGUUUCAGACAUAGCACCUCCAUAUCGGGCUAUCAGAUGUUGCAAGUGAUGAGGUUUGCUGUUGAGGAAAUUAAUAACUCCACCAGUCUUCUGCCCAAUGUUUCCCUGGGAUAUGAGAUUUUUGACCAUUGCUCUAAUACAAAGAACUUCCGUUCAGUCUUAAGUUUUAUCUCAAAGAAUGCCUCAAUAAAGCCCAAAGAAAAUCUCAACAACUAUCAGCCUAAAGUGAUUGCCUUAACAGGACCAUAUGGAAGCACAAGAACUAUUACUAUCACACCACUGAUUACAAUGGGAUUUAUACCAUUGGUGAAUUAUGGAGCUUCUAGCUAUGCAUUAAGCAAUAAACUGUAUUAUCCUACUUUUGUAAGAACAGUCCCUAGCAACAAAGACAUGAUAGAAAUGAUUAUUCACAUCAUACGGUGGUUUGGCUGGAACUGGGUCGCCUUUCUUGGUAGCCAAGACAAUUACAGUUCAGAUGGACUGAAGCUGUUUAACAAGUAUAUAAACAAUACUGGCAUUUGUUUGGCCUAUCAAGAGGGUCUGAGCCUAAAUGCGAACUACAGUCAAACGCUUAAAAAGAUUGAUAUGCUCAACAUCAAUGUCAUUGUUGUUUUCGCCGUACCACAAUAUGCAGUCAACAUAAUCAAAACAGCCAUAGCAGAGAAUAUCCGAGACAAAGUAUGGAUCGCGAGUGAAACAUGGGCUAUGAAUCAACAGCUUCCAAGAGAGCCAGGAAUUGGGAAAAUUGGUACAGUCAUUGGCAUUACUGAGAGAUUGUUGACACUACCUGGAUUUGAUGACUUCAUCUAUAAAGACAGGAGAACAAUCAAUGCUUAUAGUGCUGAGAGUAACGUACAGAGUAAUAGUAAGACAUGUAAUCAAGUUUGUGAUUACUGCUCAUUGUUGACUGCAGAAAAGAUUAUAAACGAGAAUCCCUCGUUCUCCUUCGCCAUCUAUGCUGCCAUAUAUACCAUAGCUCAUGCAUUACAUAAUGUUCUGCAGUGUGACAUGAAUGAAUGCCCAAAAAACACAAAGGCUAAGCCAUACAUGCUCAUGGGAGAAAUGAGGAAGUUGGAUUUUCCGCUCAAUGGCCGCCAGGUGAAAUACGAUGAAAAUUAUGAUCCCACCAUCAGUUAUGCAGUUGUGCUCUGGCACACUGAUGUGAAUCCUCCACAGUUUGAGAUGGUGGGCACAUAUGAUACUUAUCCAAAGACUACUUUUACCAUUGACAACUCUCUCUUGCCCUGGCUUAACAAUGAUUCCGUUCCUUUCUCAAACUGCUCAGCUGAAUGUAAGCCGGGAUAUUCAAGGCAGCCUGAAGGUUUUCAUAGUUGCUGUUUUAGGUGUAAAAAAUGUCCACGUAACAGCUAUGUGGAUUAUUCUCGGGACCCCUAUACCUGUUUUCCGUGUUUAGAGAGUGAAUGGUCUGAUGAGGGGAGCACAAGAUGUAAAACACGUACUGUUGUCUAUCUUGAGUUUGCAGAAAUCUUCUCUGUCACUGUCAUGCUUUCUGUCGCAUGCCUAAUUGUUCUCCUUAUUGCCAUACUUUGUCUUUUUGCCUACAACUUCAGCACACCUGUGGUGAGGUCUGCUGGUGGCAGCAUGUGUCACCUUAUGUUAAUGUGUCUGAUUAUGUCUAGCACAAGUGUGUUCUUUUUCUUUGGAAAACCCACAUUUGUAUUUUGCCUCCUGAGAAAUGCCAUUUUUGCAUUUUUCUUCACUGUCUGUAUUUCCUGUUUGACUGUCCGUUCCUUUCAAAUUAUUUGUGUUUUUAAAAUGGCUGCUCAGUUUCCUAAGGUGCACAGCCUUUGGGUAAAGCACAAUGGACAGUGGCUCUUCAUUGCAUUUUCUUCUUUCAUUCAUUUUAUUUCUUGUGUGAUAUGGAUGACUGUCUCUCCCGACAAACCCAUUGCUGACUCGUGGACUUUUAAAGACCAAAUUUUGCUCAUGUGUGAAAUGGGGAACGCUAUAACCUUUACCAUAGUCGUGUUUAUAAGUUGGUUUCUUGGUCUCCUGUGUCUCAUAUUUUCUUACAUGGGAAGAGAUCUGCCAAAAAAUUACAAUGAGGCCAAAUCAAUAACCUUUAGUCUAAUCUUGUACUAUCUGAGCUGGAUUAUAUAUUUCACAGCGUAUCUCUCUGUCAAAAGCAAGUACAUCAUGCUUCUGAAUGCAAUGGCCCAGAUAUCUAGUAUAUAUGGAAUUCUCUUCAGUUAUUUCGUACCGAAAUCUUACAUCAUAAUAUUCCAACCGCAAAAGAACACUGCCGCAUACUUUCAGUCAUCUAUUCAGAAUUACACACAAACUAUUAGUAGGACUUAG